AUGGAUAUUCCGGGCGAAUUGUUGUUGAGCAAAGUGCAAGCUCUAAGCGACCUGGAGCUGGCAUGUCUGCUUUGUUUGAUAGCAGAUCAACACUUCAUUGUUGAAGCCAGUGCGACUGCGCUGAAUCAUGUAGAGCAAGAACUUAAACUGAUCAGUACUGGCAUCUUUGGUCUUAGUUGCAGCACACUCGAAUGCCACAAGCAGACUACUGUCGACGACUUUGGCAAUGGCUUGCUUGAAACAGAAUCAUCAGACAGUUACUUCACUGCUUCGAAAGAAAGCACGAGACUUGACUUACACCUCUCUGCUAACAAGGCUCGCUCGCCGGGCAGGAGAUCAGUCAGGAGCCCGAUGAGCCCACCCGAGUCGAGACAAAUUGCCAAUUUGGUCAUCUUGAAAAAUUUGGAUCAAGCACCACAUCAAGUCCAGGUGCAAACGCUCGAGUUGAUCCGAGGCAGACGAAUCUUCACUCGAACUACUGUUCAUGUUGCCCCGAAACCUUUCUUACUGAUCGCCCUACUGCCUGAAGACCAUAUAGGAUCGAUGAAUCGCCAUUUGAUCGACCAUUUCUUCAUCUCACAUCGACAUGGGCCAGCCGAUGAAUUGCCAAACCUCGAAGAGCUAGGUGAAAGAUCACCUACUCUCAGUUCGAUGUCCACCAAAAAGAUCGAACCAAAGCAAUCAGUGUUCUCCAGAGAGGAUCUCGAGACACUAUCACAAUUGGAGUCUUCCGUCCGUAUGAGCUCUGACGUUCGAUGUUAUGUUCAUAAUAUCGUAGUGUUUCUCCGAAUGCAUCGCGCGGUAUCCAGUGGAAUCACCGCAGCUGCUACGCGUCAUGUUAAUGUACUCUCAAGAGCACUCGCCCCCCUUCAUGGUUUGAAUUACGUUACGCCCUCUCUAGUAUCACUGGCGGCUCGGAAGAUCUACACGCAUCGCAUUGUGCUUACAACGCCCGAAGGGGAUCGAAGCAUCCAAUGGGGUAGCUCUAUAGAUGCAGUGCGUGAGCUACUCGACGGAGUUACGGCUCGAGAUGUCAUCGAUGAGAUACUCGAGACCGUUGAGGUACCAUUAUGA